UUGUGAGUUUGUGAUAAAGCUGAGGACUGUGGACUGGACUACAUGAGCGUAGAACAGUUCUGUUAAUGAUCACCUGAUUCCUUUAAAUGAGACACGGGCUGCGUUCAACCUCAGUCGUGGGUUUGAGGUCUGACAGUGAGGGUGUAGCAGCUGACGACAGAAUAGGGUCUUAGAUCGCGUUCUGCCUUCGGAGGACCUUACUGAAGAGCAGUAUGCGUGUCUUAGGGUCCGCUUUGCUUUUCUCUGUCCUGGUGCAGGCGAUGUCUGCCCCAACAGAGGACUGGCAGACGGCCACUUCUAUCUACAACUUCUCUGCAACAGAUAUUGAUGGCAACGUGGUGUCCCUUGAAAAAUACAGGGGUAAUGUUGUCAUCAUCACCAACGUUGCCUCUAAAUGAGGUAAAACCCCAGUAAACUACUCUCAGUUUGCGCAGAUGCACGCCAACUAUGCUGAGAGAGGUUUACGGAUCCUUGCCUUCCCUUCCAACCAGUUUGGGAACCAGGAACCUGGCAACGAAACUCAAAUCAAGCAGUUUGCCGAGUCUUACAACGCUCAGUUUGACAUGUUCAGCAAGAUCGAUGUGAACGGGGACAGCGCUCACCCUCUGUGGAAGUGGCUCAAGGAGCAGCCAAAUGGAAAAGGAUUCCUGGGAAAUAGCAUCAAGUGGAACUUCACGAAGUUUUUGAUCAAUAGAGAGGGGCAGGUGGUGAAGAGAUACGGACCCAUGGAUGAUCCAAGCGUUGUGGAAAAGGAUCUUCCGCAGUACCUUUAACCUCAGAACAGAUGAUCAGUAUUUCAGUAUCUGACUCUUCAUCCAUUUCAACUCUCCAUUACUCCCUCUCCUUUGUCUUUCUGCCUGAGUACCAGUGAAUAAGGCUUGAAUCCAUCCCAGAUCAGUGACGGUCUGUUUGUAAACCCGUUUACCGGACAGGACAGACCUGAUGAAAAUGGCGUGCAAACCUCCUGGGAAGAUCACCAAGAUUAUAUUCACCUGGUUUUCAGAGGAGACAAAGAGAGAACCAUAACCAUAAUCUGCACCAAUAACCAGUAAUUCUAAGUGGAUGUGGCAUAGUUUUCAGAAUAAAAUGCACUGAUAUCUUGUCUUAAUGAGAUAUUUGACUUGAACAAGGUUUUACUGUUUACAGAUUAAAAGGUCUAAUUAAAAGCUUUCAGGAAAAGAA